AUGUGGUCGUGGGGAGGGACCCCCACCCAGCACAACUCCGGCUGGGACUUGGGCUCCGACCCGGGCUGGAACCCCGGGACCGCAGGGAGGGUUGAUUUCUCAGCUGGAAACUGUGGAUACAGUCAAACACACGGUCACAUCCAAACGUUUGGUCACGAAUGGUACCAAGGUGGACAUCAAGGCAGAAGACAAAACUAUGGACCCCCGAACAAACAUGGGAGAAAGCAGAAGAACAGGAAAGAGCCAGAGUAUUCUCAUUUCUGUGAUACUUGUGACCGGGGCUUCAAAGACCAGGACAAGUAUAAUGAACAUGUUUAUCAGCAUGUCAAGUGUUCUGUGCCCGACUGCACCUUCAUGGCUCAUGAAAAAUUAGUCGCCAUUCACUGGAAAAAUAACCAUGCACCAGGAGCCAAAAGAAUCAAGCUGGACACGGCUGAAGAGAUCGCUAAAUGGAGAGAAGAGAGGCGCAAAAACUAUCCAACGCUUCAAAAUAUUGAGAUGAAGAAACAACGCAUGGAGGUGCGGGAGAAGACCGGCGGUGUUCUUGAAACAGCUCAGUUUGGACAUAUGAGGGGCAGAGGUCGAGGGCGAGGGCGAGGCCGAGGUCAGCAGUGGCGUAACCAGGGGUUCAGGGAGCAGCAGCCACCGGGUCCCCACCCUUCUGACCACAGAAACGCCACAGAGAAACCGGAAUCCUCCACACCUCUCUCCAAGGUCGGGGAUCCACUAGGAAUACUGGUCAGCAGUGACCAUGAUUCUGACAGAGAGGAUGCAGGUGAGCUGGUGGUUCCGCUCAAACAGAUGAGUUCAGGCCUGGCCUCCCUGGUGGCCAGCUACGGAUCGCUGAGCGACAGCGAGAGUGGCGAGGAGCCAGAAGCCGCCCCCAUCCAGAGAGCCAGAGAGCUGGUCCAGCAGAACCAGGCCGUCCUCAGCAGGACAGCACCGCCGUCUCAGGGCUGGGGACACCCUGGAGCUGCCGAGACAUCCACACAGGCUCAGAGAGGUCCCUGUCCCAACUCCGGCUACGAGAUGCAGAAAAACGGAAGAGGGAGAGGGAGAGGCCGAGGACGAGGAAGAGGAAGAGGCAGAGGCAGAGGAAGGGGAGGAAGAGGCCAUGACCAGCUGCAGACAAUUCGCCCUACUUUACUAGAAAUGUUACUGGCCCCGGAUAUUCGACAUGAGAGGAACAUCCUCCUGCAGUGUGUCCGCUACGUUGUCCACAGCGGCUUCUUCGGGCUGGACAGCAGAGCGCAGGACGGGACAUCCCAGAAAGUAAUCCGCGUGUCCCAGUCUCCCCCCAGUGGUGGGGAAGGACAUCCAUCCCUGAGCGGUACCAGAGCAACACAAGAUGAGACUCUGGAAGGUUCAGAAAGGAGUAAAGCUGUUGCUGACGGGGGUCAGAGUUCACCGACGGACCACGUCUGUCCAGAACUGUCUCAUGCUCCUGGUGGAGACUCUGCACUGAAAGCAGAGGACGCUGCUGCAGAGCCGGCUGCCAAAGAGGCCCGCAGUCCUGAUUUAACCGGCACAGACGGAACCAAACCUGCUUCUAGUGUGUACAGUGACGACAUAUGGGAGUGUGAUGGAGCUGCGUUCUGAAAUAAUCAGAAACAACUACAAGCUUCCAUCUCGUUUGGUUGUAA